GUAGCAUUGUUGAGGUUAAGGUCAAUAAACUGUGUUGUUAAUGAAAAUCGAAACCUCAAUAAAAAUUAAAAACAGACAAGUUUGCCUAAGUGGGGGAGGACCCGGGGGACAUUUGAGUUUGGUCUUUUUAUAGGAAUAGGGAAUAGGUAGUUAGGUAUAAUUUUGGAUUUGGAAUGUGUCACAGUAGGUAGCUGGCGUAUUGUUAUGAUUUCUCCCAGAUUUCGCACUUCUCCAGUCUCCACUGCAGCUUUAUAAUAUUAUUACAGAUCAAAGACUGCAGCAGAGUGAACUAGGUACUGCAAUGAUACAAUGUCUCCAAAAGUAAUUUUGCUUUUCAGUGGUAAGAGAAAAUGCGGCAAAGAUUUUUUAACUGAUCGUUUAAAAGAAAAAUUUGGUGAUAAGUGUGAAAUAAUAAAGAUAUCUAAGCCCAUCAAAAACCACUGGGCCAAAGAGAACAAUCUGAAUCUAAAUGAGUUGCUGAGCGAUGGUGAAUACAAGGAGCUGUACCGACUAGCGAUGAUCAAGUGGAGUGACGAGAUGAGGGAAAAGGAUUAUGGUUGCUUUUGUAGGGCUGCUUGUGAAAAUGCUGUAGACAAACCAAUAUGGAUAGUCAGUGACAUCCGACGCGCAACCGAUGUGCAGUGGUUCAAAGAAACAUACGGUGACCUUAUAAGAACAAUAAGAUUAAUAGCAGACGAAGAAACUCGGAUAGAAAGAGGCUUUCAGUUUAAACCUGGUGUAGAUGACGUUGCUUCUGAAUGUGGAUUAGACAAUUAUAAUGAGUGGGAUUUAGUUAUAAAUAAUGGGAAGGAGAGACAGUCGUUAGAAGAACAAUUGAGUAGUAUUGUGGCGUUAAUACCUAAUUUAUGAUAGAGCUUGUAAUAUGGAAACGGUAACCAGAAUUUCUUGAAAAUCUGAUCUCUUAAUUAUAGGUUCAGGUGAGGUGAUAAUUAUGUGGUGAUGGAUUACAUGUAGAUUCAAUUAAUGCUAUAUUUUGAUUUAUAAUUAGUAUUUUAUUAAUAUUAGUUUAUUAAAUAGAUUAUUAAAUUCUUACAAUCUUUGGGACUCAAUUAAACACUUAACUCCUAUGGUGUGCUAACCAAAUCACAUUUAAAGGGACAAAUGUAAAACAUAGGCUUUGGAAAACUAGUGCAUGUUUCACAAAGUUAAAACAAUUUAAUGGUAAGUAUUUAUUUUUUGAUUUUCCCCAAUAAGGACAGUGUUAAGCUAGUAUUAAGUAUGGUUGUAUUUUUUGAAUAUAAAAAAAAAAAACGGAAUAUUUCUUA